GUGCAAAAUUCUGUAAUCGAACAAAACAUCAUUCUCUUGUAAAUAAAAUUCAGAAAAUUAAACCAAUUUAAAGCUUAUUAAAUUUUCCUCAUCAAUGAUAUUUUUUACUUCUGACUGAAUCUUUUAAUGUCGAAUUAUUUGGAUAACUGUUAGAAACCAUGCGCGAAAAGUCAUAGCAGCCUUAACUCACGAAUGGAACAAUCGAUAAAUACUUAUUAAGUACUUAAAGCACUUCCGUAUUUAAUUUUACGGACCAUGUACAUUAAGACCAUGGCUUUAAUGUGCUAUUGUUAGCAUUUCGAGUUAAGCAGAGCACAGUAUUUUUAAACAAAAUAUCCGAGUCGUCACACAAAGAUAAAUCAACCGUGAUCACGUUAGCCUAGGUAGAUGGCACCUUUUUGAUUUAUAAGAGAAAGUGUUUUAUUCCUUGUAUCAUUUUUACUUCGACAAUUUCAGAAAACAUUAUUUUAAGUUGGUUUGUAUUGUAUUGAUACUAUUGGUUAUCAGCUGUUUUUUUAUGGAAAAGCAAUUUAUCGUCUGUUUAAAUUUAUUUUCCUCCUUAUUAUCAUGUUAAGGUACUUUGCAGUGCGGACGAGAAAAAGAACAUUGCCAACAUAUUUUCUUAAUUUUCUUAAUAAACAUUGCCAAUGUAUGCUACAAAAAUUAUUUUUUAGAAUUAAAAAAUGCAUUCAGUUGGCAUUCAUUCCGCUAUGGCGAUUAAGCGGCAAAGAAAACGACGAGAUGACCAAAAAAGAGCCCGAGAAAGGCGCUACAGCACACAAAGCUCUGAGAGUGGAGAAACUUUUCAUUCUCCAACUGGAUCUAUGAGACGCAAAUAUAACCAUCCCCAUCAUGUGGCUAGUACUGGUACAGGAAUGCUUGAUAGCCAGGUUGUUACCAGUAUUGGAAUGUUGCAUAUUGGUAUUGUGUUUGUUGUGUUUGGAGUUUUUCUGUGUGGCGCCGGUAUUAUUCCAGAUGAAACUAUAUCCUGGAAUGUAUUAAGUACUAGCUCAGCCUGGUGGAAUGAAUUUACUUGCACCGGACUAUUUUCCCUCGGAUUGGGUUUAUUUUUACUAAUUUUAAACUGCCUAGGGGACCCUUUGCUUGACACUAAAUGUUGAUCUGAAAACAAAAACCCUCUUGUCACUGAAAAGAAACACCCCCACCUCUUGAAUAGGGGACUCUAUGUCUGAGCACUACCCAAUAACAUGUUCACUCAAAUUUCAGUUUUAAAAUUUUUUUUUAUUCUUUGAC